AUGUCAGCGAACUCAUCAGGCUUAAAUGCCUCACAAGAUCCUGUUAAUCCGUGUAUCUCCCAGCUGCCUCAACCUGGCACUGCCGGUGACCAACAGAGCACCCAGGAGCGCUCAACUUCAACUCCGUUGGAGGCCGGAGCGGCGCUUUUGACAGAUCCUUUUGUGGAAGCAUUUGAUGAGCCAAUCUCCUUCAAACGCAAACAAAAGGAGCCAGCUCGGUUUGUCCUUUCUACCUUCUUUUCCUCCGAAAGCACCGUGCACCCAACUCUACACAAUCGUGCUGGUGACGGGGAUGGCACAUUGCCAAACGACAGCCCGCCACCCGCAAAUACGACGACUGCUAAUGGAGGGCUAGAGGGAUCUAAGCCCGGAGGCCCUCUUGACUGGUAUGUUGAGGGACCUGGUCGGCGUGUAGGAUAUGACAACCUAACGGCUAUUGAUUGGAUUUUCGAGUAUUCCAAGGAGCGUCAGCGGAUUCGGCAUCUUUACUCCAGCAACAAAGGUCUUAUAGGCUAUGUUCGGAAAAUCCUGGAUGCAAGCAAUAUAUGGUUUAUUCUUAUUGUAACGGGGAUCACCACGGGUGUCAUAGCCGCGUGUAUAGAUAUCGCAAGUAAUUGGCUUGGAGAUAUUAAGACUGGCUACUGUCAUACUGGUGCUGAAGGAGGGAGGUUUUAUUUGAAUAAAAACUUUUGUUGCUGGGGUUAUGAAGACUUAUCCGAAUGUCAACAUUGGAUACCGUGGCGUAAGGCUUUUCAUGUUGACUCUAAGGGUGGUGGAUAUGUUUUGGAAUAUAUCAUUUUCAUAUUGUACGCUAUCCUCUUUGCAACAGCUGCAAGUGUUCUGGUCAAAUAUUUCGCAAUAUAUGCCAAGCACAGUGGUAUUCCGGAAAUAAAAGUUGUCCUAGGUGGCUUUGUGAUUAAAAAGUUCAUGGGGACAUGGACGUUGUUGGUGAAAUCUCUAGGCUUGUGUUUUGCUGUCGCAUCGGGACUAUGGCUUGGGAAAGAAGGCCCAUUAGUUCAUGUUGCUUGCUGCUGUGCGAAUUUGAUCAUGAAACCCUUUCCCAGCCUAAAUCAUAAUGAGGCGAGGAAGCGCGAGAUUCUCUCUGCUGCUGCGGCUGCGGGCAUUUCUGUCGCCUUCGGUUCUCCUAUUGGAGGUGUCUUGUUCAGUUUAGAGCAACUCUCAUACUAUUUCCCGGACAAGACAAUGUGGCAGAGCUUCGUAUGCGCUAUGGUUGCGGCCGUUACUUUGCAUGCUCUCAACCCCUUUCGAACAGGAAAAAUUGUUCUCUACCAAGUAACGUACAGUCGCGGAUGGCACCGCUGUGAGCUGCUCCCAUUCGCCUUACUCGGAAUAUUUGGUGGGUUGUACGGCGGUUUAUUCAUCAAAGUAAACAUGAAAGUUACCAGAUGGCGAAAGGAGAGGAAUCUCUCUUCUCCGAUUCUGCAAGUUGUUGCCGUAGCUCUCGUCAGUGCUAUGAUAAAUUUCCCAAAUACGUUCAUGAGGGCCCAACUCUCUGAGCUUGUCUAUUACCUUUUCGCAGAGUGUGCAAGUGUUCCAGAUGAUCAAUUCGGGCUUUGCAAAACGGGAGACGCAUCAUUGGGAGUCAUUGGCCUCUUACUUCUUGCGGCAGUUCUAGGUUUCUUCCUCGCAUCAAUUACCUUUGGUUUAGAUAUCCCUGCGGGUAUCAUUCUUCCCUCUCUAGCAAUAGGAGCUCUCUCGGGUAGAGCUCUUGGUAUAGCGUUUGAAAUGUGGCAAAAGGCGCAACCAAACCUGCUGCUAUUCCGGAAUUGUGAGCCUGACGUUCCGUGUAUUAUUCCUGGAACCUACGCGAUUGUCGGGGCCGCGUCUGCUCUUGGAGGCGCAACGAGGAUGACGGUGUCGAUAAUUGUUAUUAUGUUUGAGCUUACAGGUGCCAUCACCUAUGUCAUCCCUAUAAUGAUUGCUGUGAUGCUUUCAAAAUGGUGUGGGGAUACGUUUGGGAAACGAGGUAUAUACGAGUCGUGGAUCCAGCUCAACGAAUACCCAUUCAUCGAGCAAAGAGAUGACGUUAUCCUUCCCGAUGUUCCAGUAAGCCAGGUCAUGACAAGUAUUCAUGACCUAUCCGUAAUCACCGCCGUCGGGCACACCAUUGACACUCUCCUAAACCUUCUCAACACAACAUCCUAUCGUGGAUUCCCGGUCGUUUCCGAUACGUCAAAUCCCACCCUACUUGGAUACAUCUCUCGCAACGAACUGUCCUACGCCCUUAAAUCCGUCACCUCUCGAAGUUCCCGAAACCUAUCCCUUGAAACCGCAGCUUAUUUCGCCCAUCAGCCAUUCGUCGAUCCACUUGAAACCCUUGAUCUUCGACCAUGGAUGGACCAAACUCCCAUUACACUAAACAGCCGCGCCAGCUUCCUCAUCGUCGUUAAUAUGUUCCAAAGGCUAGGUCUUCGAUACAUACUACUUGUCAACAAAGGGAUACUCCAAGGAUUCUUAACCAAAAAGGAUGUUUGGUACAUCAUCGAAGAUGCUCAGAAACGGAGGGCCCAGGGCUUUAGAGACAAUGAAAUUGGGGAAGGAAAUACUGAGGAGGAAAGAGGUCUACUAGUUGAUGAUGAUCACGGGCACCACGUAAGAACGUUUAGUCCUAUUGAUGCUGGGCCCUCGCUUUAA